AUGUGUUUCGUAGCAUGGGUCAGAGAAAUCGAAGGUGGAGCCAUCAUUGGGCCACUUCGGUAUCAGACUGCGUGUCUCCUUGUCUUUGCCGUCUGCUGGCCACAGUUGCUGCAGAUUUCUGUCUGCUUUGGGCGACUGUCCAGUGGGUUUCCACUUUUUGUCGUGUGUACAGGGCCCCGUGUUUCAUUCAGUUUACAAGCUUUUCCUUCCCUGACGCACCUCAAGGGAGUGCACCUUCUAGGAAUGGAACGUGUCUGUCUACCCUCUUGCACGAUGAAGUGGUUGUAUGUUUGGGCUGAUUACACAGUUGUUGAGUCGUGCUUUCUGGUGACAGUGGGAGGGGAGACCAGGCCAAUUUGCCGCUCUUUGUCUGGGUUGUGGUGGGUUACAAAAAGUUUCGACUUCGCGUUUUACCCCGCUUCUUUUCUCAGCUGGCGUACGCGUGUGCUCGGACUCCACAACAUGGUGUGGCCGUAA